UUUCAUUCUACUUGAGCGGCAUCCAUCAAACAGUCGUAUAGCUAUAGGAGAUUACAAAGAAAAGUUUGGUUUUUUAAUUGGUCAUUCAUUCUGUUAAUAAAAUUUCCUUAAUAAUUUUUGAAAACUUUAUUUCUGUGGUUUUUAACAAAUAAAUAUACAUUAAAAUAAGCCACGUUUCUUAAUUUAUCACAUCGUUUGUGUUCUCAAGUCUAAAGUAUUAUGUCUGCUAAACGUAAGUCGGGAGUAAACAAUUCUGGGCCCAACAAACGCCGACCCAAAAAGAAGGAAUCUGAUUAUGAAGAUGAAGUUAGUGAGGCUUCGGGUGACGAAGCAAAAAAUAAUUCAUUAGCCGUGGAAGUUCUUAUACCAAACGAUGAGCUAGAUCCACCAACAAAAUUGCCAGAAGAUUUGCUUCAAACAUUCGAAAAAGAUGCUGGCCAGUUAUUGAUGGCUGGUAUGGUGACAUGGGAUGCAACUGGUAAGAGGGACCGAAAGAAUGUUGAGAAAAACCGUCCCAAUUUGUUUUCUUUUCAUCGAUUUACAACUGCAAAGUACCGCUUUUGUGUUAGUGGUUGUUCAUCAGCUCACAGUAUUUUAAUUAAUAUGGAUAAAAAAGCGUUGACUUUUGGCCGCAACCCUAAUGGGCAGUUAGGUUUACCAGAUGUCAAACUUUGUGAAAAACCAACAAUUGUGCCAGGACUACAGCACUUAAAUGUCAUACAAGCUGCUUGUGGAAGACAUCAUUCUUUGUUUCUUACAGACACUGGAACUGUGUACGCCUGUGGUGAAAACAAAAUGGGACAAUGUGGUGUCGGUAACAAUCAGCCAACAAUAAAUACUCCAACAAGAAUCAACUAUCGAGGACCACCAAUUAUUCGUGUUGCUUGUGGUGCAGAGUUUUCUGUCAUCCUUGAUAUAAAAGGCAAUUUGCAUACAUUUGGUUUACCAGAGUUUGGUCAACUUGGUCACAAUACUGACGCUAAAUACUUUGUAAAUGCAAACAAAUUAUCAUUCCAUUAUGAAACAUCGCCCAAAAAAGUCGUUCUUUACAUUGAAAAAUCCAAGGAAGGUCAUGUGACUCCCGUUGAUAAUGUUCAAAUUGUUGAUUUUGCUUGUGGAAAUAAUCACACCGUUGCGGUUGAUUCUAAAAGGCGUGUUUAUAGCUGGGGCUUCGGAGGCUUUGGAAGAUUGGGACAUGCUGAACAAAAAGACGAAAUGGUGCCCAGACUCAUCAAAUAUUUUGAUACACAAGGGCGUGGCGUUCGAAGUGUUCAUUGUGGAUCAACUUUCAGUUUAGCAGUAAAUGACAUUGGUGUCCUCUUUUUAUUUGGACAAAAUAAAAAAACUGGCGAGGCAAAUAUGUACCCAAAACCAGUACAGGAUUUAUCGGGAUGGCAUAUAACGAGUAUCGGCUGUGCUAAUACAUCAAUAAUAAUUUCUGCAGAUGAUACAUUAAUUGCUUGGGGUGCCUCCCCAACAUAUGGAGAGCUAGGAAUUGGAGAGUUCCAAAAAUCUUCCACUGUUCCUAAGGAAGUUCCUAAAAUGGACGGCAUGAAAAUUCCCCAAUGCACAAUGGGCUUCUCUCAUUCCUUAAUAUUAGUUAACACAGAUGAUGAGAACACUAAAACUAAGUACGAAAAAAUGCCCGAAUACACUAUCGAAGAAUAAUCAAUUUAGAUGUAGAAAUUUGUUUGUCUUAUACCCACUUCUCGAAACAGAACUAGCCUCCCAUAACUUUAUUUUAUAUGAAAUAGUGAUAAGUAUCGUUCAAAAUCAUUUUCAUACGACAAGUUCAACACCAUAAAACAAAAACAAUUAAAACUAAACAAGUAAAUCAGUUCACAAAACCAUUUUCAUUUUUAAUAUAUUAUCAUUGUAAACGUCUUUAUUUUAUACUCGGAAUUUAUAAUAGAAACAUUGGUCUUACCAUCAAUAAUAUAUUUAUAAAAGUAUUUUUUUUUUUUUGUAAUAUGUAAUAAUCAUUAAGUGUUUGGUCAUUGUUUUAUGGUUGAUUUAAAAGUUCUUAAUCGUUAGUCCGGAUAGUUGGAGUUGUCUUAAAAGUCUUAAAUCAAAUUUUUUCCUAAGUAGUGGUAGUACGCCUGUACAAAAGAACAUAUAAAUCAACCAAAAAGUAUUAGACAAAAAAAAAGUAAUAA